AUGGGACCGCGCGUUUCCGAGGGCCAGCGGGAGACGGUGCUCGCUUUUAUGGAGCCGCAUCUCCAGCUGGCUUUAAGAUCCAGCGAGCUGGGGCCGGGCUUCAGCCUUGUCGACCGACGACGGCUGUGGCAGCAGCUGGCCGACGUGCUGAACGCGGAAGGGCCCGUUGUGAAAACGGUCGACCAGUGGAGGAAGCAGCAGGUCUACGAGGCCCGCCGCGAUGCUACCGCUAUAGCCCAAGAGCAAAUAAGCACUGGAGGGGGUCGCGCACCCGGCUUCCGGGGCCGAGUGCUCCAGCUGACGGGCGCGGUCCGCUUCCGUGGCGUCACCGACCUACCCUACCAAGAGGUAAGCACACUGCCGGCGUAA